GUCUAUGAAAAUCUUAACAUAUAAAACAUGAUGAUUUUGAUCACAUGAAACAUGUUUCACAAUGAAAAUGAAAACAUUGAGAAAUAACAUUCAGGAUAUUAGCUGUUAUCAUCUUACAUUUUAACAAGAUUUCCUGAAAUAGAAAAAACUAGAUUGUGGUUCCACACAAAGCCUCUGGGCGCUGCUGUUGGCCAGUACAGGGCAAGUGCUGUUGCCCAGGAUUCUUCAGCCUCUAGCCUGGGUUUCCCUGCUCAGUCAACAACGCAGAGUGAAGGAACUGGAUACACACUGGGGCCCCUGGCUGCGCAGACUCUCCCCAGCACACACAGAUUCCCAGCCCUAACACUGGGGGUCUGUAUGUUCUGGGCCGAGUGCUACCAGUGCGAUAGUGUGCACCUUCUCCAGCUGGAAAGACUGGGACCCAGCGAGAACUAGAGCGCGCAAUGGGAGGGAGCUGCGCUCAGAGGCGCCAGGCCGGCAGGCGCCAGGUACUGUUUCUCUUCCUACUACCUUUGUUCUACCCCGCGCUCUGCGAGCAGAUCCGCUACUCGAUUCCCGAGGAACUAGCCAAGGGUUCGGUGGUGGGGAACCUCACCAAGGAUCUCAGGCUCAGUGUCGUGGACAUGUCGGUUCGCAAGCUGUGAGUCAGCACGGAGAAGCUGCUUUUCAACGUAGACACGGAGAGCGGGGACUUACUAGUGAAGGACCGAAUGGACCACGAGGAGAUCUAGAGAAGAUGUGAAUUGCAGUUGGAAGCCAUGAUGGAAAACCCUUUAAGUAUUUUUCAUAUCAUUGUGGUUGUUGAGGAUAUUAAUGACCAUGCCCCACAAUUCCAUAAAGAUGAAAUAAAUUUAGAAAUCAGUGAAUCUGUCUCUCCGGGGAUGGGAACAAUUCUUGAGUCUGCAAAAGAUCCUGAUAUUAGUACGAAUUCACUGAGCAAAUACCAACUAAGCCCUAAUGAGUACUUCUCCUUGAUGGUGAAAGACAAUCCCGGUGGUGGCAAAUAUCCAGAAUUAGUACUGAAGAAGACCCUGGACCAGGAAACACAAAGCUCUCAUCAUCUGCUGCUGACAGCAUUUGACAAUGGAAGUUCACCACUAAGCAGCACAGCUCAGAUCCGAAUCCUGGUGGUGGAUGCCAAAGAUAACCCCCCAGUGUUCAGCCAAAAUAUGUACAGGGUCAGUCUUCAGGAAGGUAUACCCCUAGGCACCUCAGUGGUGAAGGUGAGUGCCACUGACCAAGAAGAAGGCUUCAACGCAGAGAUCACCUACUCAUUCCUUGGUGUGGCUAAUAAAGCCCAGCACAUGUUCUCUCUGGAUUCUGCCACAGUAGACGUUAUAACUCAUCAGUCCUUGGAUUUUGAAGAAGUAGAAAGAUAUACCCUGGAUGUAGAAGCAAAGGACCGAGGGUCCCUCUCUACACAAUGUAAAGUAAUCAUAGAAGUUCUAGAUGAAAAUGACAACAUCCCUGAAAUAAUCAUUACUUCUCUCUCUGAUCAAAUUUUAGAGGAUUCCCAUCCAGGAAUGGUUGUGGCUCUCUUCAAAACACAGGACCAGGAUUCUGGGGAAAAUGGAGAAGUCACUUGUAAUUUAAAUAGAGAUAUUCCAUUUAAGAUUCAUUCUUCAUCUAAUAAUUACAACAAGCUGGUGACAGAUGGACCGCUAGACCGAGAGCAGACUCCGGAAUACAACGUCACCGUAACAGCCACUGACAGGGGUAAUCCGCCCCUCUCCUCCAGCACUGUCAUCACUUUGCACAUCACCGCGCCGGUUUUCGAACAGCCUUCUUACAUGGUCCCCGUGGCGGAGAACAAUCCUACUGAAGCAUCUAUCGCACAAGUCAUCGCCUCGGACCCCGACCUGGGGCCCAACGGCCACGUCUCCUACUCCAUCGUGGCCAGCGACCUGGAGCCACGGGCGCUGGCGUCCCACGUGUCCGUGAACACGCAGAGCGGCGUGGUGUUCGCGCAGCGCGCCUUCGAUCACGAGCAGCUGCGCGCCUUCGAGCUGACGGUGCAGGCGCGCGACCAGGGCUCGCCAGCGCUCAGCGCCAACGUGAGCCUGCGCGUGUUGGUGGGCGACCGCAACGACAACGCGCCCAGGGUGCUGUACCCGGCGCUGGGGCCCGACGGCUCGGCGCUCUUCGACACGGUGCCGCGCGCCGCGCAGCCCGGCUACCUGGUCACCAAGGUGGUGGCGGUGGACGCCGACUCGGGACACAAUGCCUGGCUGUCGUACCACGUGCUGCAGGCCAGCGAGCCCGGACUCUUCAGCCUGGGGCUGCGCACGGGCGAGGUGCGCACUGCGCGUGCUUUGGGCGACCGGGACGCGGCGCGCCAGCGCCUGCUGGUCGCCGUGCGGGACGGGGGACAGCCGCCCCUGUCUGCCACCGCCACGCUGCACCUGGUGUUCGCUGACAGCCUACAGGAAGUACUGCCCGAUAUCGGCGACCGUCCGGAGGCCUCUGACCCCCAGGCCGAGCUGCAGUUUUACCUGGUGGUGGCCUUGGCCUUGAUCUCCGUGCUCUUCCUCCUCGCGGUGAUUCUGGCGAUUGCCCUGCGCCUGCGCCGCUCCUCCAGCCCCACCACCUGGGGCCGCUUUGGGUCUGUUUUGUGCUCCAAGUCUGGACCGGAAAUUACUGGCAACUACAGUGAAGGAAGGUUGCCCUAUACCUAUAAUUUGUGUGUGCCCGGGGAUCAAACUAUUCCAGGGUUUAAUUUUCUUACAUCUGUUGAUCAUUUUCCAGCCACACAAGAUAUUUUCAACAAAGAUAACCCCUCAGGACUAAUGACUAGCAUUUUAACUCCUAGUCUUGAAGCAGAUAAGAAGACUUUUAAACAGGUAAGUAUUUAAAAUAAUGCUUUUCAUAUUCUAAUGCAAUAUAUUCCACUGGAGCAUUGUUGUUUAAAGAUUCUAGAUUCAUGAGUGCCUGGCUGGCUCUGUUGGUAGAGCAUGU